AUGAAGAACCUAAGGCGUAGAGGAAUUGAAUGUCCACCAAUUUGUGAGAGAUGCUGGGCAGGAGAGGAGACGGAAGAACACCUCUUCAAACACUUUGAUUUUGCAAGGCAUUUCUGGUUUGCAUCACCAUUCAAUUUAAGGCCUGAAACAAACAGAGAAACUAAUGUGAAAGGAUGGAUUAUAGAGAUUUUGGGUAAGCUUCAGAUGAAAGAACAAGGCUUUUUUUGUACCUUACUAAAUCAACUCUGGCAAGUAAGGAAUUCAACGAUUUUUGAAAAGAAAGUACUAACAAUUGAGGAAGAAAUAAAAAAAGCAUUGACCUCCUUCGAAGAAUUCUCGAACACCCAAGCUACUUUGGAAGAGUUGAGGAAGAGUCAUAACCCACCAACUUUCAUUACGCAGAAGUGGGAAGAGCCACCAAACUCAAUGCUGAAAGUAAAUGUAGAUGCAGCCGUUGGUAAGAUUAAUAAAGGAGGUGUAGGAGUUGUUAUUAGAGAUAACCUGGGCCAAGUCAUGGCAACAGCUUGUUGGGCUAUUCCAUUCCCCCUUGAGGCCCAUGAGGCAGAAGCAUAUGCUGUCUAUCGAGGAAUGAAGAUGGCUAUAGAAAGUUGCUUUACAAAUAUUAUUUUGGAGAGUGAUAGUAUGCAAGUGGUGAAAGCUCUCAAACAAAGAAAGGUAAUUGACUCUUAUUUUGGUUUCUUCAUUGCUGAUAAUAUGUAUUUAAUAGAUAAUUUUAGAUCAAUUUCUUUUAAUCAUGUGAAGAGAUAA